AUGGAUUCCAAGAGGAAGAAGAGAACAUCUAAAAAUGAUAAGAAGAACAAAAUUGAAAACGAUAACGCAAAUAUGAAUACAAAAGAUGAAUGUGAGAAUGCUAACAUGGAACCGAAUGGAAGCGAUUCGGGGAGUUCCACUGAUAGUGAAGAUUUGGUUAAUGCUAUGAAUUAUAACACAAUAACAUCACUGGCUGCCUUGAAAGAUAUAUUACAGGGUGACAACAAUGACACACCAGAGACUGAUAGUUUCUUUCAACACUAUUUUAUGAAUCACUGUAAUAAUUUGUCAAGUCACAAUGCGAACUCGCCGACAUCGUUUCCUUAUUCUGAAAGACGGAGGUUAUCACAAUGUAGAGAGGAAGACGAAGAUGAUGAAAAGAAAGAUUUUCACCACCACUAUCCUAAUGGGUCCCCGGGCACAAAAUCCGAAAAGACCUCGCAAACUAGUAACUCCGCCUCAUCCAAAGAUCACGAUAUGAGCAUUGACAACUAUUUACAAAAAGAAACAUCUGAGGAACAAUCACUUUCUGACAAUAAAGAUGAUGUUUCAGAGAUCGAUCCUUCGAAGCGUAUGGUCAUGGGAGCAAAGCACAAAUUUUUAGUUACUAAGGCUGAGCAGGUGCCACAAAAUAUUUUUGAGCGUGCCCUGCGUACUAAAGUUAACAACUCUCACACCGUACAUUUCGGCACAAAGGGUGCGGAGGAACAGAGGCCAAGCGUACGCGCAAUAUUUACAGGACAGAAUCUCCAUCGUGAUAAAAAAUAUUUUGACAGUAGCUUAAUUGAAAUUAGAUCGACAGUUGAUGAAACAUUAACCAGCUCCGAAGACAUUUGGGUAAAAAGAAGUGACGACAAAAAAGUUAAUAAAGACGAACCAUCUGAAGCGCUAUCUGCUACUAAAAAAGAUGUUAAAGAUAGUUCGGAUAGCGAUCAUAAGAUUGAGCGUGAAAGAUCAGGGACUUGGGGCUCACAAUCACAACCACCGCCAAAAGUUAAAGAGGUAUCAAAAAAGAUCGCCAAGGAUAAAGAAGUUCGACGAUAUAGCGAUGAGAGAAGACAAAAACGAGAACAACGUCUGGAUGCUGCGAUUACAAGGAGCACGCAGUCUGUCGGGGAACGCAAGCGUCGAAGUUCAGCUGACGAUGGUCAAGCUCACCCCAUGUACCAACAGACCAUACAUGGAACCUCCGGGGUGAGUCGCAGGCCAGCCUUGUUCGAUAUGUUCAAGUCAAAGCCUCGCGGUGACGCCAAAAAACCACCGUCCAUCAUACAACAAGUUAAAGCGGCUGUCCAGGUCUUGCGAAGGAAAAGCAUGACUAAGUCAGGGCCGGCCAAAGAACCGGUAAAAGUGGAAGCCGCCAGCCCUAGUCCACUCGUCAAGACCAGAGACGGUUCCGCUCAUCCACAUCCUGGAAGUGACACGAGGUACUAUCAUACUGUUACGGCAUCAACAUCGCGUCGGCCGAGCGCUAUGGCCAAGGUCAUGGAUAUAUUCCGCGGACGCGCCUCCAUACCGGGACAGAUAGUACCACCAGAUGGCGCUGAACGAAGACGAGCUAGAGCUUUGGCGCAACAACAGCAUCAUGGAGCAGGAGCUUACCUUCGCCGAGCGGCAUCUCAGGAGGCUGAGAAGCGUCGCUCGUCCCUGGGCAAUGUUCCCAGCGGUCGUCAUCGGAUGUCAGAUGCUUUUCUUGAUCCCCAUCAUGCGGCCAUGCUGUUCAGAGAUUCCAGAGGGUUACCCGUCGCUGACCCGUUUUUGGAAAAAGUCAGUUUAUCUGAUUUGGAGGAAGAUGAAUCACAGAUAUUCGUGAAGUUUUUCAAGUUUCACAAAUGCUAUGAUCUCAUUCCGACCUCAGCCAAGCUGGUGGUGUUUGAUACCCAGCUUCUUGUCAAGAAAGCGUUCUUCGCACUCGUCUAUAACGGUGUGCGAGCAGCUCCGCUAUGGGAUUCCCAGCGUCAGAGGUUCGUUGGUAUGCUGACCAUCACAGACUUCAUCAAAAUCCUUCAGAUGUACUACACGAGUCCAAAUGUUACAAUGGACGAAUUAGAGGAACAUCGCCUCGAGACUUGGAGACAGGUCCUGAAGGGUUCUGUGAUGCCUCUAGUAUCAAUAGGUCCGGACUCGUCUCUGUAUGACGCCAUCAAAAUGUUAAUAACUAACCGAAUUCAUCGUCUGCCGGUCAUUGACCCCGACACCGGCAACGUACUCUAUAUACUCACCCACAAGAGAAUACUCCGUUUUCUUUUCUUAUAUAUCAAUGAGUUGCCAAAGCCGUCUUACCUACAAUGUAAGCUACGUGACCUUCGCAUAGGGACCCUUAAUGACAUCGAGACAGCCACAGAGGACACCUCAAUAAUACAAGCGUUGAGGAAGUUUGUCAACAGACGAGUGUCGGCGUUACCGCUUAUAGAUUCCGAAGGCCGCCUCAAGGAUAUAUACGCGAAAUUCGAUGUCAUUAAUCUGGCCGCUGAGAAAACAUACAACAACCUAGACGUGUCUCUAAAGAAGGCCAACGAACAUCGCAAUGAAUGGUUCGAGGGUGUUCAGAAAUGUAAUCUGGACGAGACGUUGUACGAAGUCAUGGAGAGAAUUGUACGGGCUGAGGUACAUCGUCUCGUGGUUGUCAACGAAGAUGAUAAAGUGACGGGUAUAAUAUCAUUGUCCGAUUUGUUGAUGUAUUUAGUGUUACGUCCGACCGGUGACUGUGAGGGCGCCAGUCUUAGGAACGAGCACGGACCCAUUGAAGAGAAAGAUGAGACUACCAACACGGAAGACAAACCGACUGACGAAGAUAACAAACUCAUCACUACUGACACAGAGAACAACCAGCAUGAGUGCCAACAUUAA